UCAUGUUCAAUUUCAGGUUUUAUACUCGUGUGGUCCAUGUGAGCUGUAUUUAUGCCCUGAUAUGAGCCAAUCACGGACAGCGUGAGUCACGGAAGGAGGGGGUGCGUUAGCAGCAGACAGCUGGCUUUAACUCCUCUCUGUUCGGUAUCAGCUUUUAUUUCCAUCCUCUUGCUCUACCUCUUCUGUCAAACAUGGCCGAAUCCUCCGGGAGCAACAAGGCAGCGGAGCGCAUCGGAUACAUAACCCGAGUCCAGAGCUUCAGCGCCUGCCACCGACUCCACAGUCUUUACCUGAGCGAUGAAGAGAAUAAAAAAGUAUAUGGAAAGUGCAACAAUCCGUAUGGUCAUGGACACAACUACAAGGUGGAGGUGACUGUGCGUGGAAAGAUUGAUCCAGUAACUGGCAUGGUCAUGAACCUGACGGACCUAAAGAGGUGCAUUGAGGAAGUCAUCAUGAUUCCUCUGGACCACAAAAACCUGGAUAAGGAUGUUCCUUACUUUGCCAAUGUAGUCAGCACAACAGAAAACCUGGCCGUUUACAUCUGGGACAACAUGGUGAAGGCUCUUCCUGCCAGCCUGCUCUACGAGAUCCGGAUUCACGAGACUGAUAAGAACGUUGUUAUAUAUCGAGGAGAGUAGACCGCACAGUUUAGAGCGGAUUCUGCUUCCUGAGAUUGAUUUAAAGCUUAGCACUCUCAUUUGCCUCUUUUCCAUUCACAGUUCCAGCACCGCAUGGCUUCGCUCCGCUCAGCCUCACUGGUGUGUUUCCACUGAGGGCUGGAAGUGUGGCUAGAAGGCCAGUAAUGGAAACGGUUGCAAAACGGGCUGAGUGGAGUGGAGCCAGCCAAAGUGGAGCCCAUGGAAAAGGCACUAUUGUUACUCUUAUAUUCCAAAUGUUGAGCCUUUUCGAUACAGUCUUAUUUUAAGAAGCCAUCCAGCAUCAUGUAGACCAACAACCUCUGCUUUAGGAUAGCAGCCUUCAAAACAGAAAGUAACAUUUUUAGUUUAGUUAAAUAUUUUCACUUAAAUAUUAAAAAUGAACUUUAACAUGAAUAAUCGUAAAUGGUCUAACAAAUUUCUGAUGUUAAUAAUCAGGAGCCAUGAGUCAGUCCUCAUUCAGGCUCUAAUCAUGCGAUCAUGAGUAAGUUUGGCAGUGUGUGCAGAUUUUUCUUUUCAGUUUGUUAGUAUUAAAUUAGAGUCAUUUGAUGGCCAAACCCGCACAUUUCACCAUCAUUUGGUGAAAUGUGCAUUUUGUUGCAGCUAGGCUUAGCUGAUAAUUAGAAUGUUUAUGCUACAGUCUGAAAUGCAUUCUCAGUCAAUGUGGGACCAAUAUUUUCAUAUGGCAUUAUGUCAUCCAGUGCGAUUAAGACAGAAGGCAGAUAUGCAGUGGUGUGAUGAGGGCACUAACUAUGACAAAAAAUAAAAUCAUACAAUGUUUACAUCAUGGAUACAAAAUGGUUCGUUUGAAUUAGGACGAGAUAAAAUGUUAAAUCAUUGGUACAAAACCGCUCUCAGGUGUAUGUACAGAUGUAGUUUUACACUGUGAUGUCUUAGUAGUGGUUGUCCUCUCUCUACUUGUUGCAUUUGAUCCGUUUGUGUAAAUCUGCAGCACUGGUGGUGUUCUACAUAAUGACCACAAUCUGCUGUAUUCUUCAUAUGUCUGGAUGAAGAAGUAGGGUUGUAAGACAGAGGCCUUUUUGUUCAAAGAAAAUAUACAGUCUUGGUUAAAGUCUCCCAAAACCGUGUGGGAAAAUGUGUGAUGGUCUGAAAUAAACAAACUUGAACUUUUGGGUCACAAUUCCAAAAAGUAUGUUUGGCACAGAAACAACAUUGAAACAACACCAAAUGAACACCUACAGUGAAACAUUGUGGUGGCAACGUCAUGCUGUGGGGUUACUUUCUUCCGGUGUCAUUUCGAGUUUUGGCAAGGUAGAUGGAACUGUGAACCUUUCCAAAUACUAGUUAUUUUGAAAUGUCUGCCUGAAACCAGAAGAUAAAGAGGGAUUCUGCUUCUCAGCAGCACUGUGAUUCAUAUACAAGAACAUCUCAACAUAUUAAAAUAAUAUUAAAAAGUUCAAUAUUUUUGUCACUCAUUUCAGAAACCCAAAAUUCAGUGUCUCAGAAAAUAGGAAUUUUGUGAAAAGGUUAUAGAUAAUGGAAGGAGAAAGUGUGGUAAGGAAAGGUGCAACAGGGAUAACUCCAUGUUUGAAUGUAAUCUUUAAAGCCUUGAAAAUUAUGGAACUUUGAACUCUGUUAUAAUGAUGUCAUUAUUUAACAUGAAUUCAUGUUUUGGUUUUUGGUAUUGUGCUUUGGUAUUUUGGUUUGCAUUCAGUUUGCAUCAAAGAUAGAAAAUAAAGCUUACCUGAGCCUA